AUGUUAGAAGAUAUAAUACCCAUCGGAGCGAUUGCAGAUGCUGCGUCACAAGUGGCUCGGUUCUUGACCGUUUUGCUUGCAACUGUUGCUUAUUUCCACUACGAGGGAAAUGAUUCUGAGUCAAGGAUUAUAGACCAGCCCAGCGAUAUGAUACUCGAYCAAUAUGAUUUCAUUAUAGUCGGUGCUGGAUCGGCAGGUGCGGUGCUGGCGAAUAGGUUGACUGAAGUCGAAAAUUGGAGUGUAUUAUUAAUAGAAUCCGGUGGAAAUGAAACCGAACAAUCCGACGUACCUUUGUUGGCUGCCUAUUUGCAACUCACCGAGCUCGAUUGGCAAUAUAAAGCCGAACCCCAGGAUACAGCGUGUUUGGCUAUGGAAGAUCAACGUUGCAAUUGGCCUCGUGGCAAAGUCUUAGGUGGGUCCAGCGUGUUAAACUAUAUGAUGUAUGUGCGUGGAAACAAAAUGGACUAUGACAACUGGUUACAACAAGGUAAUCCGGGUUGGGGGUACGAUGACGUGCUCUACUACUUUAAAAAAUCAGAAGACAACAGAAACCCGUAUCUAGGAAACACCUCGUACCAUUCAAUGGGUGGUUAUCUGACAGUAUCCGAGGCACCAUACAAAACACCAUUGGCCGACGCUUUUAUCACAGCUGGGCAAGAAAUGGGUUACGAUAUCCGCGAUGUAAACGGUGAACGUCAAACCGGUUUUAUGUUACCUCAAGGGACUAUCAGAGGGGGAACUAGAUGCAGUACAGCGAAAGCUUUCUUGAGACCUGCCAGACAACGGAAUAACCUACAUGUGUCCAUAAACUCUCAUGUCACACGUGUGGCAAUCGAUCCCGAGACUAAAGUUGCAUUUGGCGUAGAAAUGAUCAAGGACAAUACACAGCGUUUCAUUCGGGCUAACAAAGAGGUGCUGUUGUCGGCGGGUUCCAUUAGUUCUCCACAGCUGCUUAUGCUAUCGGGCAUAGGUCCUAAGAAUCAUCUGAUGGAAAUGGAUAUACCCGUUCUAGCCGAUUUAGAUGUCGGAAAAAACCUUCAAGACCACGUUGGACUUGGUGGCCUUACAUUUCUGAUAAACAAAGAAGUGUCGCUAAUAUUAGAGAGAGUGGAAAACGUCGAAACGGCUCUAAACUAUGCCAUGAUGGGUGAUGGGCCGUUGACGAUCAUGGGCGGCGUUGAAGGAUUGGCAUUUAUCAACACCAAAUAUGCUAAUCUUUCAGUUGACGCACCAGAUAUUGAGUUACACUUUAUUUCUGGUUCCACAAAUUCUGACGGGGGUACACUACUAUGGAAAGCUCACGGGCUGAAAGAAGAGUUUUACAAAUCUGUUUAUCAAYCAAUAAACAACAAAGACGUAUGGUCUGCUAUGCCUAUGUUGUUGAGGCCAAAAAGCCGGGGUGAAAUACUUUUGCGGAGCACUGACCCGUUCGUGUAUCCCCGUAUCUUUCCCAAUUACCUGACAGCCCAAGAGGACGUGGACACGCUGGUGGAGGGCGUCAAGUUUGUGGUGGCAAUGUCCCAGACCUCGCCGUUCCAUGGCUACGAUAGCCGGCUGCACGACAUACCAUUCCCCGGUUGCACCGCCGUCCCACGGUAUACGGAUGCCUACUGGGAAUGCAUGAUCCGGCAUUACACGGUAACCAUAUACCAUCCGGUGGGCACCGCUAAGAUGGGACCCGAGUGGGACAAGACUGCGGUGGUGGACCCUCAGCUUCAGGUGUAUGGCAUCCACRGUCUCCGGGUGGUAGACGCGUCAAUUAUGCCUACGCUGGUUAGCGGAAACACCAAUGCUCCGGUUAUAAUGAUCGCCGAGAAGGCUGCGGACAUGAUUAAAGAUAAAUGGCUUGACAGGAAACAGUGA